AUGGAACCUGUGAAUUCUCUAUCAUCACGCGACCCGAAACCAACCACAGACGCCAAUCAUGCAUCUGCCUCUACUUCCAUUUCAGCCCUAAGCAAACUCCGUUCAACUAUCGAGCCGGAGAAUAGAGAGGGACCUUUGCAGGAUCCAACAUCUACUUCACAGAUGUCACCAGAUCGACCGGAGAAAACAGCCCUCGAAACCCUGGAUCCGCAAGCGGAGAAAACGGACGAACCAGAAGUAACUGGAAAUGAUGGGAUAGUCUACCUCCGAGGCUAUCCGCUCUUUAUUAUCGUUGUUGGCUUGUGCCUUUCUUCUCUCCUCGUUGCACUGGACAACACCAUUAUUGCUACCGCUAUUCCCAAGAUCACAGACCAUUUUAGAGCUCUCGACGAUGUCGGGUGGUAUGGAAGUGCUUACCUGCUAACAACAUGCGCUUUUCAAUUGAUUUUCGGAAAACUUUACACUUUCUACCCGGUUAAAUUGGUUUUCUUGGCUGCAAUUAUUAUUUUUGAGAUCGGAUCAACUAUCUGCGGCGCUGCCCCAAACUCUGAGGCCUUGAUUGUGGGUCGUGCCAUCGCUGGACUUGGAUCGGCUGGCAUUUUCAGUGGUGCUAUGGUUAUCAUCACUUAUUCAAUCCGAUUGGAGCAACGGCCUCUGUACAAUGGCCUACUAGGCUCCACGUAUGGUAUUGCGUCAGUUGCUGGACCAUUGAUGGGUGGUGCUUUCACCGAUCGUGUCUCUUGGCGAUGGUGUUUCUACAUCAAUCUCCCAAUUGGUGCCAUUACUGUUUUAGCUGUUGCUAUAUUUCUCGCUCCACCCAAGCAGACCCUGAAGAAGCCAGAAUCCUGGAAAGAGCAGAUAAUGCAGCUGGACCCCUGGGGAACAACAGCAUUCAUGCCCGGUGUCGUCUGCCUCCUCCUCACACUUAAAUGGGGAGGUACCAAAUAUCCCUGGAACAGCGGCCGUAUAAUUGCCCUCUUAGUCCUUUUCGGUAUUCUAAUGGCGAUAUUUGUCGUCAUCCAGAUAUGGGCCGGAGAUAAUGCAACGGUUCCACCACGCAUCCUACGUCAACGAACCAUGCCCUUUGCAACCUUUUUCGCCUUUACGGUAGGCUCCUCCUUUUUCAUCUUGGUCUACUAUGUUCCCAUCUGGUUCCAGGCGAUCAAAGGCGUCUCUGCAACAAAGUCUGGCGUCAUGACUAUCCCGAUAGUCCUCUCUAUGGUGGUUUUUUCAAUCAUAUGUGGUACUUUCAUAUCUACUAUAGGAUACUAUGCCCCGUUCUUCUACUUAUCGGCGAUCAUCGCCUCUGUCGGUGCCGGCCUCCUCACAACCUUUACACCGACAACUGGCCACCAGAAAUGGAUCGGCUAUCAAGUCAUCUAUGGCGCUGGGAUUGGUCUCGCUUUCCAACUACCCAUCCUUGUACCGCAAGUGGUCCUGAGCCUGGAAGACGUCGCCAUUGGAAUCGUCGUUGUGCUCUUUUGCCAACUACUUGGUGGAGCGAUCUUCGUCUCAAUCGCCCAGAAUAUUUUUACCAAUAAACUUUUCAACGGUAUAUCCCGCGCUGCACCAACUGUGAGCCCAUCCACCGUUUUGCAAGAAGGCGCUACGUCGCUGCAGAAAGUCAUUCCUCAGGAAUAUCUCGAAGCCGUGCGUGUUGUUUAUAAUAACGCGCUGACGGAUACGUGGGCUGCCUCGGUUGCGAUGUCGGCGAUAGGCCUUCUUGGGGCGUUUGGUAUUGAAUGGAAGAGCAUAAAGGCGAAGAAACUCGAUUCUGUGGCGGCUGCUUCUUAG